AUGCGCAAACGUUUUCUGCCACCGGACAAGGACUAUAUGCUGCGCGAGAAACUCUGCAAACUCACGCAAAUUGGCUCCCUGCACGACUACCUGAGCGCCUUUCAAGAUAUCCUGAUCCAAUGCCAAGUGGCCAUUACCCCCAUGGAAUUGCGGUUCUACUUUCAACAGGGGCUUCGAUCGGAGACGUCCCACCAUCUCCGAGAACAUCACCCCGCUACGCUGGAAGAGACCAUCGAGCUCGCGUUGCGCUUUGAUCAUGGGGUCACUGGAGGAAGCAUGCCAGUAACCACGGCCAAGUGGACGGAAACCGCGACGUGUCAUCGUUGCAAGCAAGUUGGGCAUAUCGCUUCCAACUGCCCUUCGGUCAAGGGGUAA